AUGAUUAUCGACGACAAAGCAUUACGAGAAUACAAGGUGCAACUACAGCAAUCCAUUGUUGUUUGCUCCGAGAGAUGUCUGUUCUACUCUAGCAAAUGGGCUGCUGAAGUGUUAGAUGGCAUUAAAAAGGACAUCCUGGAUGACAAGGAGCCAUUUACCAACAAUGAAUUACAGUCAGCCCCAACAUACCAAAUCCCAUACGAGGCCUCUUUGCCGCCUUUAUCCGAAUACGAAUACAACAAAUACCAAUAUGCAAAAUCACUAUUUCAAAUCCGUCAAUUUGAUAGCGUCAAAGAUGUAUUAGGGAACUCAAAGUCACCCAAACUUUAUUUCUUACGGCUUUACGCCAAAUAUCUGGCUGGAGAGAAGAAACGAGAGGAAUUGAGUCAAGAGAUAUUUGGGAUAACAGAAGAUACAAAGGCAGACAAUCUAGAAUUGGAUUCAAUAUUCGAGGAGCUCUCAGAAGAUCAUGACAAGGGCAAUUUGGAUGCCUUUGGUUUAUACUUGUACGGCAUUGUGUUGAGAAAGCGUAAUGCUGGAUUCAAAGCAGCAGCGAUAUUGUUAGAAUCGAUUCGAAAAUUUCAGUACAACUGGUCAGCAUGGAUGGAACUGGCUUUGCUCGUACAAAACAACAAGAUGUUUAUGGAUUUGCAAGUAUUGGUCAAUAGGGAAUUCGAAGGAAGUGCUAUCAAGGAUUUCUUUUUGGCAAAAUUGUGUAUUGAUUUGCAUCAACCAAGGCCAGUGUUUGCGGCCAUCAUGGAACCUUUGACCGCCUGCUUUCCACACAGUGCGUAUGUCAAAUCACAAUGGGCAGUACUAUACUAUGAUACAAUGGAUUACAAUGAAUCAUUGCUCAUGUUUGAGGAGCUUCGAAGAGCAUUUCCCUCGAGAUUAGAAGACAUGGAUGUGUUCUCUAAUUUGCUGUAUUUACAAGACUCAAAAGAUAAACUUUGUGUACUCGCCUUGGAUUGCGAUAAAAUCGAUAGAUAUAGACCUGAAACGUGCUGUGUGCGAGCAAACUACUAUAGUGUCAAGAGAGAAGUGCCUGAGUCCAUUGAAUACUUCAAAAGAGCGUUAAAAUUGAACCGAAGCUAUCAUCUUGCAUGGACAUUGCUGGGACAUGACUAUAUAGAAUUGAAGAAUACGAAUGCAGCCAUUGAAUGCUAUCGAAGAGCAGUUGGCAAUCGAGACUACAGAGCAUGGUAUGGUUUAGGUCAAGCGUAUGAAGUCAGAAAGUUCCCCUAUGAUGCCAUCUAUUACUAUCAAAAGGCGACAGAUCUUCGCCCGUAUGAUGCACGCAUGUGGCGAGCCUUAGCGAAUUGCUACCAAACUCUGCAGCAAGAUGACGAGGCCAGAGAUUGCUACAAACGAGCCGCAGCUUGCGACAAGACUGGAAAGAACUUGGCCAUGGUUCAAUUAGGAAGAAUAUUUGAAAAGAUGGGCAGAAUGAGUGUUGCGAUUGAUUAUUAUCAUACAGUGUGGGAGCAAGCGAGAUACAAUAAAAUCAACGACGAGCUAGCAGAAAUCUGUUUAGUUCUAGCAAGAUACGCCAUCAGCAAGCAACGCUACAAGGACGCUGAAGAAUACGCUAUUUCUGCACUGAAUACGAACCACCCAUAUCAUGAACAAGCGAGAGUAAUGCUAGACGAAAUCAAGAUUUUCAAGGAAAUGAACAGACAAUCGCAAAACGCACCGCCAACAAGCUGA